UCCAAAUCAAGAGCUUUAAUGGUCAGUAUGCUGACAAAUGAAGAUUCUUCUCUCUUUUAAAAUUUUGUUUAGACCCAUUCCAACUCUCACUUGCUGCCCAUUCGCUACCUGCCAAAACCGGCCACUGAUUGAAGAUGAAUUGCUUCAGGUUAAAGUUAUGGUUUCCAAUUCUCAUGAAGGGCUAAGCCAAAAAUCAUGGUUUCCAAACCUUAGCUUAGACAUGUCCCUCUUUCCAUCCACUUUCUUUCCAUUAGUGUUAGUUUUAGCAUUUUCCAACUUCUGUACCUCAUCUGCUAUUCGCUACAAAAUCUCAAAUAGAAACCUUACUGAAUCUUCCUGUCCAUUGAACUUCGAUGUUCUUCUACAACUCGCCGCUGAAGCUCAAAUAAGGCCUGCUCUUAUCGAUGUGCCUACUCAAUGUCUGUACAUUCAGAAGGGAAUUCUUUUCGUUCGAUCAGAAUACCUUCGAACCAAUGGGUACUUUGUUCCCCCUCCUGACACUUAUCAGGCAUGCUGGGAAUCAUAUAGGAGCUUAGUUGGAGAUUUCUUACACGGUUUUGAUAUCCAAUCCACUUGUGGGUAUCAUCCUGAAUGGAUUUCAGACACUUAUAUCAACAUUACAACUCAGGAACAGUUUGAGAGCCUAUUUCCCAGGUCCGAAUUACAGGAACUGAGGCUUUCUUGUAAUCAGUCUUUGGAAAAUGGCUUUGUUUGUCAAUCUUGUAUCCACAAGUUGUCGAGUAUUCAGAAACUGUCCCUCCAGGGUCCUGAAACUGAGAAUGCUUCAAUUUCUUCUGAUUACUUGUUUAUGUACGCGGCUGCUUUUAGCAAUAAACUUGGACCGAGCGAUCAAGCAACAGCGAAAUGCUUGUUCAGGCUUGAAUUUUCUAUGCAGUUGAACUCCAAUGAGAAGCGCCUGUCUUUAAUUUCUGGUGUUGUUUUAGGUUGCAUUAUUGGGGUCUUGGGGGCUUCAAUUGCAGCGUGGUUGUUCUGGAUGCUGCACAAGAAAUGUGGAAAGGAAAGGGAAAAGAACAAUUCUGGUAAUAAAGAUGAGACUAGUUUGGACCUUGGAUUAGGACUGCGAACUAGAAGUCCCAAUUUAGUCAAGUUUAAAAUCGGUGAAAUCAGGACUGCUACAACGAAUUUCUCAAGACAUAAUAUUAUUGGGAAGGGAAGUUAUGGGAAUGUUUACAAGGGGAUGUUAGCUGAUGGAUCUGAACUUGCAUUCAAGAGAUUCAAGAACUGUUCUGCUUCUGGUGAUGCAAUCUUUGCACAUGAAGUGGAAAUCAUCGCAAGUGUUAAGCAUGUCAAUCUUGUUGCUUUAAGAGGCUACUGUACUGCAACAGUUCCUAUGGAAGGUCACCAACGAAUUAUUGUCUGUGAUCUAAUGCAUAAUGGAAGCCUCUAUGACUAUCUGUUCGGAUCAGGAAUGAAGAAGCUAAGCUGGCCAAUUCGUCAGAAUAUUGCCCUGGGAACAGCUCGCGGAUUGGCUUAUCUACACUAUGGGGUGCAACCUGCAAUCAUACAUAGAGAUAUAAAGGCUAGUAAUAUACUUCUGGAUGAGACAUUUGAGGCAAAGGUAGCAGAUUUUGGCCUCGCAAGGUUCAAUUCACAAGGAAUGUCACAUUUGAGCACCAGGGUAGCAGGGUCUCUUGGCUAUGUUGCUCCAGAAUAUGCCUUAUACGGCAAGUUAACCGAAAGAAGCGAUGUUUACAGCUUCGGCGUUGUGCUUCUUGAGCUCCUGAGUGGAAGAAAAGCAUAUGAAAACGACGAAGAAAAAGUUUCUCUAUUGACAGAUUGGGCAUGGACGCUUGUGAAGGAAGGCAGAGCAUUGGAUGUCAUCGAAGAAAACAUGCCUGAAAUGGGAUCCCCGGAAGUGAUGGAGCUAUAUGUUCACAUAGCUGUUAUCUGUGCUCAUCCAGUAUUAUUUGCCAGGCCAACAAUGUAUCAGAUUGUGAAGCUACUGGAAACCAAUCUGCAGCUGGUUCCCUCAACUCUUGCAGCUUAUGUUGGUGGUUCUAACAGUGGGCUUAGCUCUCUCUGCCCAAGUUAUAUGUCCUGUUCUUCCAUCACAAGUGACGAUCAAAAUUUGGACAAUAAGGAUACACCGGGAAGCUUCACACUGACAGUUCUCAAGUGAAUUGUUUGACAGUAAAUGAAUCUCUUUUUUUUCACCUUUUGUAUUCUUAGUCCAUUACAUUUAUUGUUUCCCCCCUGUAAAAUUCUAAAGAAAAGAAAUGAGUUCUUUCCCCUU